CGCACCCCAACCUUUCCCUGUUCCCCCCCUCCCCUUCCAACCUCCCCCAACACCCCUUCCUUCGUCCAUGGCGGAGACAAAAAUAAUCUAUCAUAUUGACGAAGAGGAAACCCCUUAUCUGGUGAAAUUGCCCGUCUCCCCGGAAAAAGUCACUUUGGCAGAUUUUAAAAAUGUCCUCAGCAACCGGCCGGUGCAUAACUACAAAUUUUUCUUCAAAUCUAUGGAUCAGGAUUUUGGGGUUGUGAAAGAGGAGAUCUCAGACGACAAUGCAAAGCUACCCUGCUUCAAUGGACGUGUCGUUUCUUGGCUGGUCCUGGCCGAGAGCUCCCAUUCGGACGCCGGUUCCCAAUGCACUGAGAGCCACACAGAUCUUCCUCCUCCCAUCGAGAGAACAGGAGGCAUCGGAGACUCCCGCCCUCCUUCCUUUCACCCAAACGCCGCAAGCAGCCGAGAUGGACUGGACAACGAGACGGGGACGGAGUCCGUCAUCAGCCACAGGAGGGACCGACACCGGCGGCGGAACCGAGAGGGCCACGAAGACGUCUCCCGCAUCAAUGGGCACCCGAAGCUGGACCGACACCGGGAGCACCCGCCAGGCUACGACAGCUCUUCCACCAUGAUGAGCAGCGAGUUGGACUCCAGCAGCUUCAUCGACUCCGACAAUGAUGAAAACACGAGCAGGUUGAGUAGCUCCACAGAACAAAGCACUUCGUCCCGUCUCAUCCGGAAACACAAACGCCGUCGCCGGAAACAGAAGAUGCGACAGAUUGACCGGUCGUCUUCCUUCAGCAGCAUCACAGACUCUACCAUGUCCCUGAACAUCAUCACCGUCACCCUCAACAUGGAAAAAUACAACUUCCUAGGAAUCAGCAUUGUGGGCCAGAGCAACGACCGAGGAGAUGGUGGCAUCUACAUAGGCUCUAUCAUGAAAGGCGGCGCUGUGGCGGCUGACGGAAGGAUUGAACCGGGGGACAUGCUCUUACAGGUGAACGAGGUCAACUUCGAGAACAUGAGCAACGAUGACGCAGUGCGAGUCUUGCGGGAAAUCGUCUCCAAGCCAGGCCCUAUCAGCCUAACAGUGGCCAAAUGCUGGGAUCCUACGCCCCGGAGUUAUUUCACAAUCCCCAGAGCUGAGCCCGUGCGGCCGAUCGACCCCGCCGCCUGGAUCUCUCAUACCACGGCCCUGACGGGAGCGUACCCCCGUUACGGUAUGAGCCCCUCCAUGAGCACCAUCACCUCUACCAGCUCCUCACUAACAAGCUCAAUUCCCGAUUCGGAAAAGCUGGACGAAUCCCCUUUAACUGUUAAAAGCGACAUGGCCACCAUUGUCAAGGUUAUGCAGUUGUCGGAUUCUGGCCUUGAGAUUCGGGACAGGAUGUGGUUAAAAAUUACCAUCUCCAAUGCAGUAAUAGGAGCGGACGUGGUCGACUGGCUUUACACGCAUGUGGAGGGCUUUAAAGACCGAAGGGAGGCCCGGAAGUACGCCAGCAGCAUGUUGAAACAUGGCUACCUCAGGCACACUGUGAACAAAAUCACGUUCUCAGAGCAGUGCUACUAUGUCUUUGGAGAUCUCUGCGGCAAUCUGGCUGCACUGAACCUUAACAAUGGUUCCAGCGGAGCUUCAGACCAAGACACCCUGGGCCCCCUCCCGCACUCGGCCACGCCCUGGCCCUUGGGGCAAGGCUAUCCUUACCAAUACCCCCUUGCCCCUCCAUGUUUCCCACCGGCCUACCAGGACCCAGGCUUCAGCUAUGGCAGCGGCAGUGCAGGGAGCCAGCAAAGCGAAGGAAGUAAAAGCAGCGGCUCUAACCGAAGCAACAGCGAGAAAAGCCGGAGGACCCUGGCUCGGGAUAAGGACCGCAAGUCAGCCGGCAGCGGCAGUGAAUCGGAUCCCACUGCCCGGAGCGGGGUAGCAGGGAGCGUCCUUCGGCACGAGCGGCCGGCCAGCCAGCUCAGCCAGCUCAGCCACCACAGCCGCGCCUCUGCUGCCCCCAGCGAGAGGAGCCCACACAGCCGCCAUUCGCACGGGCCUCCGGGCGUUCCUCCACUCUGCAGCCUCCCCAAGCUGGGCCCCAAAGUCUAUGGGACAAGUGGGCCCCCUGGGGGGCCCCCCGUGCGGGAACUCGCCUCCGUCCCCCCCGAGCUGACCGGCAGCCGCCAAUCGUUCCAGAAGGCCAUGGGCAACCCUUGCGAAUUCUUCGUUGACAUUAUGUGAACAAGAAGUGCCUUCAAAAGACUCUUGUGCGGAGGGUUUGUUUUCUUGGGGUUCCUUUUUAAGUUUGCAAAUUGACGCUGGAAAAGAAAUAGGGGUGGAGACAGAGAGAUUUGGGGGGGGGGACACUAUUCGGACUGUCCUUUGCAUGUCACGCCUUCCUGACUCUUGAUCAUUGCAAGCAAACGAGGAACAGAAAUCCUGGAAACUUAGAUAUCUGCAAAUCAGUGGAAUCUUUUUUUUUUUUUUUUAAUUCUCCUUCUGCUUCCCCUACCCUGACCAAUGUGAUUGAUUGGUGUUCUCUUCACAUACCCUAAUGAGCUUUGGUAUCUGUGGCAUCCUCUCCCCAGUGCAAUUAUACUGUGUUCUCAAUCAAAAAAAUAGCAUUUUAUAUAGUGCUUUUAAAAAGCAACAACA